AUGCUGAUGUCGACAAAAGCACUCACACACUUCAUGCAUCCGUCUCACCAACUCACCGAACACACAGCAGAUACCAUAUUCAUAUGUAAUGGGUGCAAGAUGUAUGGAACAGGCACAAGGUUCACUUGCACAUCCUGUAAUUUUGACCUACACGACUACUGCGCCAAAUGUCCCCCUUCGCUCCCUUUUACUGUAAACCACCCCCACCCAAUGAGUCUUGUGGUCAACAAACCUCAAAUCAACCACAACAAACAUUGUCAAAUCUGUCGCAGCCAAAUUCAAGGUCUUGCAUACAUGUGCAAAGACUGCGACUUCUGGAUCCAUCCUCUCUGUGUUUUGCAUUACUUAGGCCUCCGAUACUUCAUACAUCCCACUCACAAACUCACUGAACUCACAGCGAAUACAAACUACAUAUGUAACGGAUGUAACAUCCAUGGAACCGGAACACGGUUCACUUGCAGCACCUGUAAUUUUGACUUACAUGACUACUGCGCCAAGUCUCCCACUUGGUUACCUUCCACCCAAAUCCACCAUCACCCAAUGACUCUUUUUGUGGACAAACACCAGCUCAACAAGAUCAAACUUUGUCAAAUAUGUCGUACAUCUAUUCAAGGUCUUGCUUACGAGUGUAAGGGCUGCAAUUUCUGGGUUCAUUCACUCUGUGCUUUGCAUAACUUACGACAUGGACAUGGUGGCCAAUACAGGAAUUUCAACCAGGGGCAUUCGUAUACACAGCGAGGCUUUGAAGGUGUUACCUCGAAGAUUGGUUUAGGUUUGGCUAUAAACUGGAUUUUUGCAAAGAUCGGUGAUUUUCAUGAUGGGGCCUCUUCCAGUGGUGCUUAUACAACGGGAGGUUACGUGGGAAGUGAGGAUUCUCUUUAUGGGCUCAUCCAUAGCAUUCAGUCUUUCUUUGAAAAUAAUUGGAGCUAG